GCCACCACCUUCCAGCUCACCGCACAGGACACGCUGGCGGGCUUUGGCCUCAGCUCUGCGUGUGAGUUGGUGCUCUAUCAGCCCAUCAGCUGCGACCCCUACGUCAAGACGCUGGGAAGCAAAGCUUACCAUGGGUCGCCCGGAGACAAGGCUUUCACGGACACGGUCUGCUCAGCGACAUGUUCGACGGCCUUGGGCGUCGCACGGAGACGGAUCACAACCGCGUGCGCCGCAACGCCCAAUCUGUUUCCUGGAUAUCCGGUCAUCGCCGUGAUCGACUCAGUCGUGUCUGGGUGGAACGAGACGUGUUUGAAGGAUACCGACGGGGAGUACUGCAAUGCCAAAAUCGAAGCUUUCCCGGCGGUAGAGAAGCUUGAGGACAUGCCUCAGACACAGCUGUGCUCCUUUUGCUUUGGCGAGAAGCUUCGUUUGAUGCAGCGAUCGCCAUACUCCGCCUAC